UCCAUGCCUACAGAGAAACUGGCUGAAAACUUUAGAGAUUAUUUUCAUGCCCAACGGCUACAGCGCUUAUUUUUUAAACAUAUUUUUAAUAUAAAUAUAAAUCUAUCUUUACAUUUUCAAAGUUGAGGCUCAGCGGCCAUCUUUAAUCAAGGUAAUGUUGAAGAGAACCAAGGUGCUGCAAUCCAGGAGAGUAGAAAUCCUGUCUCUGUUUCAAAGAUACACAGAAGGAAUCCCUACUUUACCUGCGAGCGCUCUGCUGACGUUCCUCUGUAAGGAACAAAUGGAGCUCGCAGCGAACAAAGACACGGCGGAGGAUCUGAUCGACAGAUACGAGAUCGACGAGGCAGCUAUAGAAAACAGGUGCAUGACGUUCGAAGGCUUCCUCAGAUAUAUGGAGUCCAAAGACUGCUGCGUGUUCAACCGGACUCAUAAGACGGUGUACCAGGACAUGGACCAGCCUCUCACCAGCUACUUCAUCUCCACGUCUCACAACACCUACCUGACCGGAGAUCAGCUGGUCGGGAAGAGCCACCUGGACGCGUAUGUUAGCGCGCUCAGGAAAGGCUGCCGCUGUCUGGAGAUCGACUGCUGGGAUGGUCCAGACACGGAGCCCGUAGUUUACCACGGCUACACCCUCACCACCAAGAUUUUAUUCAAGGAUGUCAUCAGAACCGUGGAACAACACGCCUUCGAGGUCUCUGCCUACCCGGUGAUUCUGUCUCUGGAAAACCACUGCUGCGAGGAGCAGCAGGAGGUCAUGGCCGAGUACCUGACCUCCAUCCUGGGGGACAAGCUGUUGAAGAGUCCUUUGGAUCACCCGACCACCGGAGACCUCCCAAGCCCAAAUGACUUGAUGUAUAAGAUCCUGAUCAAGAACAAAAAGCUAAAGUCACAGAUUAGGAGAGAGGACAAGACAGAGGACAGUGGAGAUGAGGGCGAGGAUGCUGAUGAUGAGGAUGAUGAGGAUGAUGAGGAUGAGGAGGACAGCAUUCAACCCAAAGCAAAGUUCUGGUCUCCAAGAAAAAUGAGUUCAAAGAAGAAAUAUGACCACUCUGUGAAGUUUAACCUUGUCUCACUUAACGGCACUGAGCAGAGGAAGGUGAAGGUGGCCCGGGCUUUAUCGGACCUGGUGAUUUACACACGGUCCGUGAAGUUCAUCAGCUUCAGCCACUCCAGGGACAAUCAGAACUGCUAUGAGAACACAUCCAUGGCAGAAAAGAAGGCGCGCAAGCUCAUCAAGGCCUCAGCUUCCAGUUUUAUUCAGCACAAUCAGAGGUUCCUGAGCAGAAUUUAUCCAGCAGGCUCGAGAACGUCCUCGUCCAACUACAACCCGCAGGAGUUCUGGAACGUCGGCGCGCAGCUCGUGGCUCUGAAUUUCCAGUCUCCGGGCCUGUCCAUGGACCUCAACAACGGCCGUUUCCAAGACAACGGCGGCUGCGGGUACGUCCUGAAGCCAGCGGUGCUGAUGCCCAGUGAGAGGAGCUUUGAUCCCAGCACCAGCUGCCGCUACCUCAAACCCAUACAGCUGGUGCUCAAGGUGAUAAGUGGGUCCAACCUUCCGGUCAUCAAGUCUCGAAACACUCUGGACCCAUUUGUCCGAGUUGAGAUUCAUGGGAUUGCAUUCGACUCCCGCAGUAAAAGCACUCACACUGUCAAGAACAAUUCUAUGACUCCUCGCUGGGACACCGACAUGAACUUUAACAUCACCGUCCCCGAGCUCUGCCUCAUCCGCUUCUGCGUCCGUGACCAGACGACCCUCUUCAAGAGCGAGUUUGUGGGCCAGUACACGAUGCCCUUCACCAGUUUGAAGAAAGGCUACCGCUGGGUGCCUCUCCUGUCCCGACAAGGAUGCAGUCUGGAUCCGGCUUCCCUCUUCGUGUUGGUUUCGUAUUAGUAUCAAUCCAAGAUGGACUCUCUCUCACACAAAAAGUUUAGAUACAACGAUGGAUGGAUUAUCUAGCACCCAAUAAGAGCAACAAAAUAUCAAUAAUUAAGUUACACAAUGCAUGAUUUUCUGAUAUAUAAAUAUACAUUUUAUUGACAAAAUAUGUAAAUGUCUAUUUUUACUGCUGGCUAACAGAGUUACAGAAAAAAGAAAAGAAAC